AUGAUCUUUUCGCAAGCUUUUCGCGAUGAGAAGUUCAGUCCUGCGGUGGCGUUGUUCAGUGCCGCUGGUCUGAUCAAAACCACCGCGGGUAUUAAAGAUGAGGACGAGCGCAAGAAGGAGAAAGAGCAACGGCCUCAAAGUGAGUUUUUCUGAACAAUUUAUUUAUUUUUUUUUUCAACUUUGGCAGGAUUGUGUGCUAUUCACAAUCUUUUUGAGUAGUGGAAUUGUAGGAAAUUCAGAAGUAAGACAUAUUUUUUUCGGAAGACAAACAUUUGUAAAAAAAUAAAUACUUGAGACAAAUUUUUCAACUGCACGAGAAAAGAAUUCUUUUUUUGGUUCAACAAUUUUUUAAAAAAAGAGUUUGAAUUUGCCUGAAAAAAAUACUUUUUUUCAAUUUAUCAAUUCAUCAGUAUCUAAAGAUUUGUAGAUUUUUUUCCACAAUUUUUUUCUAGCGAGAAAUAAUUCAAAAUAAAAUAAGCUUGCCUCCCGUAACAUUGUUUGUUUGGUUGCACCGGUAGAUGGAAACGUAUUAAAAAUGUAUAUGCUUGACUCGUGUCAAGAAAGACGCUCAUUUUUCCGCCUUUUUCUCACAUCAUUGUCUUUUUGUGUUUUCAUGUUUUCUUCGUUUUUUUCUCGAAAUUUUUGAACUCUUUUUUUGCUGCGUUUUGCUGUUGAUCAUAUAAUAAGUAAUAAAAAUUUAUUAAUCAGUUUACUUUGAGAAACUAAUGAAGAUGAGGAAAAAUUUCCAUAUAGUUCAUUCACAACACUUGGCCUCAUGCUUAUCUCUAUUGGCUAUAUACUUUUUCCGAAGCGUUUUUGAUGUAUCGAAACGUGACUUCACGAAAAAAUUUCAAAGUCACAGAAAAUUAUCAAUUACCGUGGAAAUGGGACAUUUUCAAGCUCUGAACUCUUGUUAAUAAGAAGCUAAGCAGCAAAUUAAGAAUUUUUCAAUUUUGUUUUCAUUCAGGAAGUUUUAUGAGCGAUUUCCAAAAAACGCUGAGCGACAAGUAAAAUAGCUUUCCUUGUGAGAUCUCUGCAGACGCAGGAACCUGAAAGAUCUUCAAAAGAAACCGUUGGGCUCAAAACUUUUUGAAUUUCCUUAUGCCCCUUCGAGCACCCUAGCAACUGUUGUGGUUCAUCGUCUGGAGUGAAAAAAAAAUCUCUGAGAGUAGCUCAAGAUUUUUCUUUGCAUUUGUAAAGUUAGGACGGUAACUGGGAAUUCAUCAAGUCGACUAAAAGUUGAUCCCAGCCUUUUGAGAUGAAUUAGCGUGGCUUAGGGAUCCGGAAUGCACAACCUUCCUGGGAACUCCAGAAAGCUCUCAAAAAACGCAGCUUUCUCUAGGCCUUUUUCAGCAAGAACAGCUCUUGCUCUCUGCAAACAACUUCUGAUUUAAUUUAAUGUUGUUUAAGAAUUCGAUUUCUCACUAAAAAAAAUCCGAGAUCCUGUUUUAUCUCCGUUAUUUUUUUCCAGUUAAUUCUUGAAUUUCAAAAAUUCUUGUUCAGAGUCUUGUCUAUUGUAACCCAAUCAAAAUUUUCUAAAAACAAGAAAAAUGUAAAAUCUAAGAAAAAGUUCCUGAUUGCCAGUUUUUUUACGUGUGUCGUGAUUCUCAUGUCAAAAAACUUCCGAGUUAAACGACACCCGAUAGCCGCUCAGGUGAUCCUAAACAGACCUAUUUCUUACUAAAUUCGCCUGGUCGACGUUUAGGAUUUUUGUUGGUUUUUAUUGCCGUUUUUGAUUGCUGGCAACCUCUUGCCCAAAUUGGCCAGUAUUUUGGAUUGCUUUUCAGGAAAUGAUUCAAGUCAAAUAAAAUUUUGCAAAAAACGCAGCAGCGGCCUUUCCCACCUCAGUCUCGAGCACUUUUCAUUCUUUCUUGACUUUUCCUUAAGGUCUUUUUCUCUCCUUCUCUCUCUCUGAUACUGUCUGGCAGUAAAUGAGACUUCGGAAUUUCGUCUGAACUCCUAUGGUUUUAAUUCCACCGCUGCCCCUCGACGUUGAACAGCUUCUCACUAAAAUCGCAGGUUUGUUAGCAAUUCAUCUUUUUCUGAAAAAAGUUUCCUGAACGUUGUCGAACCUUACAUCAUCAAUGCAUCGAAAAAAAGACUCUAAAAAAGAGCUGAAAGUGCCCGGCAAGCAUCGCUCUAUCACACUUGACCCUAAUAGUAGUGGAUUGAGCUGAGGCUCGGUUUCUUCAUAUUUUCCUUCCAUUCAGCCUUCCAACAAGCUUUGGCCCGGCAAACGCUUCGAAAUUUGUCGGAUUCCCUUGAUUACGCAUAUACUCAGUUUGGCCUGCUGCCAGCCCCGCAGAGAGGUUGGCGCGGAGAAAAAGAAGCAUCGCUUUUUAGAUAUUAUUCCUCCGCCCUCUCUUCCGCGCACCACACUGAUUUGAGUCGAGUCCUUGCCUUUCCCUUUCUACUUUUUUUUCGAAACUUUUGUCCUGAAAUGUGACCUGAACGACAACUUAAAUGUUUUUCUACUCGCCGAAUCUACCGACGACAAGUCAUCUGAGAAGAGGGACAAUUAGUCAGCAACACCAUCUGUCAGUGGGAAACCUCGACACUCGACUUUCGGUCCAGAUCCCAGAAAUCCUGUCAAGAGCUGCCGAAAGCGGAUCAAGCAUCAGAUAUGUGCCGGAAGAGCUGCGAAUCGUCGACGAACUUCACCUGGACCGAGAAAACUUCAACAAUCAUAACAUCCUCGAGCUUUGCGCCUCUCCGGUUUCUUCUGUCUUCUCCACAAGUGAAGCAAGGAAAGCCAGCCGACAGAAAAUUGUGCUGAGAAGACCUACCAUCUCCAUUCAAGAGGACGGAAAGAUAAUUAUUGGUCAGCUUGUUGAAAAAGCAUUUUCGUGUUUCUUAUAUGAAUUAAAGGUUCCCUCUAACCACGGCUCAAAACAAGCUAAUUCAUUGCUUGAAUAGAUUUUUCUAAGGUUAUACGAACCCUGCAGGUGGACCGGAAAAAAAGCUCUCUUCAGCCGCCGACCAGCUUUCCUUGUUGACAGCUGGACACAAAUUCAGUGCUGGACUUGAUAGUUGUACUAAUCUCCUAUCUUAAUUUUAAAAGGAAAUGAAAUAAUGUAUUUUAGAUCAUGUGACGGCACGAUGGGAAGGAGCUCCGCUGAACUCGCAGUCGGCAUUGCUGGAUGCUGACGAUGGGGCGACCGUCGUCACGGAUACCAUCAAGGAGGAUCACGACGACAAGGAGCCCAAAAGUUGUCCACAACAGACGGUCAAGGUCAGGUUUCAAGAUUUUUGGGAAUUCCACGUGAACAAAAUUUUUAAAAUAGUUUAGAUAAACACACUUUAAGUACUAGACCCAACUUCCCUAAUCCGCACUUUGGUUUCCCAAAUAAAAAAACUGUACUUAUUUUCGUCAUUUACGCAAAUUAUGGUGCUCGACAAAUCGCAUUUCCUGCGAUGCAUUGAUAGCUUUGCGCUUCGGGGCUUCACAAGCCGGUUACCAGUCAAGAAGGGAGCAAAAGCUUAACUAAUUCCUGAAAUAGAUUCUCUUCCUUUUCCUGCCACGAAAAUCAAUUUUACAGGUUAUGGUUUUCUCAAAAUCCACUUCCAAAAACUUGCACCAGGUUCUUUUUUUCCUCAAAAUCAGUCCAAAAAAUUUUGUUUGCCGCUGUUUUUCGCGUUCUGAACUAUAUCUCUAUCCAAUUGCUUCCAGCUCGGUUUGAAAACUCAGAUUUUUUUUCCUAACUACGACGGAAAAACAAAAAAUAAUAAGAGUUUGUGCAAAUUCACUUCUAAUUGAACAUCAAUUACAAGAAACUGCAAGAAUGGUUUUUUUCUCACAUAAAUUACGUUCAACGAGGAAGGACGAGUUCAAUGUCUUUUUUUGGCGUCGGGCGGCUCGGGGGAUAUUUUUCGACGCCAGCCGCGUUCAUGAGCUCUCCUGAGGGUGGCUCAAGCCGCCGUUUUUAAAAAAGCUGAAGAUGACCUCGUUCCGAGAAUUUUUGAGUCCCACCGGCUAUCAAUUCCGGACGGCCAUGUGCAGAGUUCUUGCGCUCUUUUUUCGAUUUUUUGGCGGCCUUGAAUAAACUCAUUGAAGUGAAGAAAAGUCUCAAUUUCAUGUCGUUCAAAGAUGUUCACACAGUUUGCAUUCAAAAAUUUUCUCGAAAUAAAUAUUAAAAUCCAAUUUUUAAUAUUGGGAAAAGAAUCGAAAUGUCUGAAAAAGAGUAAUCAUUUCAGAAAUGGGGUUCAGAGCGCUCAUUCUCAUUUUUCCUUUUUAACCCGAUUCACAUAUUGUCUGAACUUGAGGGUUUUUUUUUGUGGUUGUGCGUGUAAAAAUGUACACACGCAUGCACCAACGAGCCAAAUCCACCAGAGAGUACAAAUGGAAUUGUUGAUGAAUGGCCUGGCUGCCCUUCGACACGUAUCUUGCAACUUUUGGCUCUGCCUUACUCAGUUGAGACAAUUCAAAAAGCGAAAAUCGUAAAGAUUCCUAGGCCGAUUUUCAGAUAUUCAAGAAAAAAACGAAAAUUUUUUUCAAAGUAUUUUUUUCUAUGACGUAAACAAAGAUUUAAAAAAACGUGACAGGGAGAUAAGAUGAUAAUUUAAAGGAUCUCAAACCAUUAAAAAUAUAAGCUUUUCUACUUCAUAAAAAAACCGUUUUCAGUACAUCAAAAUCCUCACACCGCAUGUCAUUCUCGUCUCCGUUCUGAUAGGAUAUCUCUGCUUGGGUGCGUGGAUUCUCAUGUUGCUCGAAACAAGGACAGAACUUUUAGCACGCUCCAGGAAACUGGUUAGGUAUGUAAAAUGAUUUUUCACAGUCGUAUGAAAUCAGUUAAAUGAUUCAAAAUCAAAAAAAAAAUACAUAGCUGCAAUGGAAAAAUGCCUCAAAUUUUCAAAUGGGGCAAAAAAAUGGUAUACAUUUCGAUUCUCGUUUUCUUCAAAACUUCUGAAAGUUUAAUCAUAAGUUUAGGUUAACUAACUUGAUGUCCAACUUUACGUCAGAUAGCUGGAGAAUGUUGAGCGAUGCGCAACAUGGAGCGAGUACAGUCACGGAACAGCAAUGGGCCGCCACAUUCAGGUUUUUUUAUUAAUAUCCCGGUAUGAUAGAGUAAAAAUUUGAAGGAGAGUUUGAUUUGACAGCUUUUAGAGAUAACAACAUUUUUUUAAAGAAAUUAACUAAAUAAGAUCAGUAGGUUCAUUUGCAGUUGACUUGUAUUUGAGGAAACGUAAGAAAAGCAGCAGUCUCUGUAUUUUUUUUCCUGUUUUAAACAAGAGGGACGAAGAAAAGUUUCUCCAGAAAAAAAACCAACGAACUGAGCUCUGAUUUAUUAAGAAUAAACAUUUAAAGGCAGAAAAAUCUAAAAAUAUUUGAGUCAGGAAUAUCUCAUUGGCGAUGAAAUAAAAGCGGCUGCUCGCGCAGUCGCAUUUCAAAGGGGCGACAAGAUUAAACUGAACUUUUAGCAACGGUAUGAAAUGACGCUAGAUUGGAAUUUUUCGAAUAAGUUUAAAAAUCAACACAAUUCAGCUUUAAAAGAAGAAAAUUUACAUCCAAAAGAGAGAAAGUUUUUUUUUUAGAGCUUUCCGCUAUUUUUUCAAUGGUAAUUCAGGGAAUGGAUGGUGCGGGUCUCGGAAACAGUAGACGACAGAAGGCCUAUCCGGAGGGAACUUAAUCGACCGGAUGACCUAGCCAAUAUGCACAACAAGUGGACUUUUCCCACUGCCUUGCUUUAUGUUCUUACGGUGUUAACAACUUGCGGUUCGUUUGAAAAUAUUUGAUUUUUUCUCUCAGUCAGAGAUUUUCAGGGUAUGGCGAAGUGUCAGUUGACACGGACGUCGGCAAAGUUUUCUCAGUUGCUUUCGCGCUCGUCGGCAUUCCUCUGAUGUUCAUAACAGCGGCCGACAUUGGAAAAUUCCUUUCAGAGACUUUGCUCAAAUUUGUCAGCUUCUGGAACAGAAGUGUCCGAAAAGUCAAGGUUCGCAUGAUUUUACACAACCUCCUGCUUAUGCUGACGCCUUUGCUAAGCCCAUUUUCAAUAUAUUCUUUGGUAGCUCGAGAAAAAAAAGUCGAAAACUUCGGGGUCUUUGUGUGUAUUGGAAAACGCCGUACAAGAAUCAUUUUUUCAGUGAAUUCCUGAUACCCAAGCAAAAUAGUUUUUUGAAAAUGUUUCAAUAAAAAAAAACCCUUUGUCUCGAGCUAGCGAAAAAUAAACUAUAAUCAAUCUUUAAACAAAAGUUGAAGCAUGCAACUUAUGGAGAAGAUCGACCGUCUUUCACAAGCUUUCAAAGCUGCAUGAUGCUGUCUUGGCUCAUUUUAACACUUCCCAACUAAAAUCAUCCCAAAUUAAGAGAACCUUCGCAAAUCUUCAGCAAUGGGUGUCGCGAAGUCGUCAUGGAAGACGGAAAUCACUGCAAUCUACAGGAGGCAAUACAGAUACGCUUGAUAUCUUAGGAGUCGACGGAACUGAAGACAAACUUUGGUUCCCGAUAGGUACUUUUUUCUCGCUGAAUUCCGGAGAGAAGACAAUUAGAGUAUCAGAACUUACAAUGAAAUAAAAUAAAUGAAUGAUUACCAGUUCCAAACGGCGAGAACAACAAACUUUGGUUCCCGAUCGGUAAGAAGAACAUGGGUCUGCUUCCAAUAAACCUUAUAUGUCCCUAUCAGUCUAUCGAUUGCUAAGAAGUAGAAGAGCUUUUUGGAUCCAAUACUUGAUUCGCGCUGAUUUGAAGCGCCAUGGUCGCACGUGGAAUGACUUUGGCUAGCCGGACGCUUUUUGCAUUUUUCUUACUUGGGAACUACGCGUACUCGUAAUUGCGAAUCGAGUUCAAGCUUAAGUGGUUUAUAAACCUAAGUCAGAAUAACUGAAUAACUGAAAACAAGAGAGUAUAUCUGCUCAACCCAAUAGAACUGAGAAUAAACUUGUAGAAAAUGUGCAGAAUAGGCCUGAAAUUUUCAGAAUACUGCUUUUUACCAUAUUUUAUAUUAUAAUGCAAUGCAAUCGUCUUGAAUGAUUCGGCUAGGAUAAACUCUAAAAAAAAUUUAUUUCCAGACAAAAAGAAGGAGGAAAGCAGAAACUUGAUAAUUCUCAAGCCUAAACUGUUCAUUUUCGCAAAGCUUUUUCUCCGUACCUUAUUGGGCUUAGCAGAUAAUAUUGCCUGUGUCUUUUACCUAGAUCUUUAAACCACCACGAGUUCGCGCAGUUCCCUAGUUAGACACAGUACCGUCAGAAAGAUACGAAAAAACGCAACGUAAGGAAUUCAAUCUUUCUGAAAGUUUCUGGAGCUGCUUUUUCUGUGAACUAAAACAUCAUCAGAGUUAUAAAAACAACAAUUAUCACAACCUUAGAAAGUUCCAGAAAUAUUGGGUUCAUUCUCAUUUUAGAGAACCACUGAAAACAACCAGCGUUUUUAUCCAUUUUGAAUGCGACCAAGGGCUUUCAAGUUGAGCCGAAUUCAGUAUGAAGAGUGAUAUAUUUUAACUUUCUUACCACAAACAGAACAUAUGUAGUGAAAACGUCUGACUUCUCAAGUCCGUCCAUGUCGAAAAAUGUUCCUUAACCCUCUCAUGCAUCGGAAAACCGUACUGUGCAACCAAUCUUUCUGUCUUUUCCAAAUUAGUGCGAUGACUCUUCUAGAACUUGAAUGGGAGAAAGUCAUAAACUGAUUGGAAUGAUUAUUCAGGUGCCUACGUAUCUUGUAUUUGCUUGUACUGCUCAAUGGGUUCAGCCAUGUUCAUCAACUGGGAAAGGUAAGGUUUUCAUUUUUCUUUUUGUAAAAUUUGUUCGGUUUCCAGGACGUGGUCGUUUAUUCACGCCUUUCACUUCGGCUUCAACCUCAUUGUUACAGUAGGAUUGGGAGAUAUUGUUGUAACGGACUACAUCUUCUUAUCACUGAUUGUGGCUUUCGUGAUAGUUGGUACGUUCAUUUUUUCUUUAGAGCCUUCUCAUGAAUAUUCGCCAGGUCUAUCAGUAGUCACGAUGUGCGUUGAUCUUGCGUCAACGCAUUUGAAAGCUUAUUUCACAAGAAUUCACUAUUUUGGAAGAGCCAAGAGGUAUUUCCAACUUCCUAUCAGGAUUAAUUUUUUGAAUCAAGGUUCCUUGGUAUGAGUGAAGAGCUAAAGGAAAUUGUCGCUUUAUUGGGCGCCAUGCGAAGAAAAAAAGGCGGAAAGGUCAGAAUGAACCAGAGUUUGAUUGAAAAAAAAAACGUUUUUAAGGUCACUUGGAACGACGUCCGCGAUUUCCUGGACAACGAGCUACGCGAUAGACCUUUCGAGCCUCAUGAGCUCUUGAUGAAAUUAAGAUUUAUCGACGAGACUUCUUCCGGUUUGUUUUUUCUUGAAUUUGGAGCGAAUCUUGAGUUUGUUCAUUUUAUGAAAACUUGAGUACAAGCGCAAUUUAGAGCUUUAGGAGGAAAGUAUCAUCUCUUGAUUUGUAAGUUGUCGGAACUUCAAUGUUGUUGGUCCACAUUUUUUCAUUUUUUUUUCACUACUUAUCAAUAACUUUUUCCAUUUUCAAGUUUAGAAGUGGCUCAAACUAGCACUUUUUUUCAGAAGGGGGGUUAUUUCACUCGAAACGUCAGAAUUUUUUUGAGAAUUUGGUCAACACCACUUUUGGCUGAUUGGAGGAAGAUUGUGAGAGUUUUAGAGUCCAAAACUUUCUUUUCGAUAACCGUCUUUUGAGUUUAGCUCAAAACUUUGUGAAAGUUCCUUCCUUUCAUUAAUAAAAAAAAAUCUAAUUCUCAAGAAAACUUGGAGUGCCGUAUCUAAUAACCUCCCUAGUAAGAAAAAAUAUCACACAAUGUAAUAGUGGGUUUGCAGGAAUGUCGACAAUUCGACACAAUUCCUUCCAGUCAGACUUUUUCCGGGAGUCCGAGUACAUUCGACGGGUUCAAGCUUUGCGGCCGGAGCAGCCGGCGUACCUGUGA